UGCAGCGGAGGGUCUCGCAAUAUUGAGCUAGCAUAAUUCUGGGAGGAAGAGAUUGAGGGAGGAGCAACAUGCUGUUGGCCCAGUGAAGGAGUGAGAGGACCGGAACAAGAAUUGGCGACAUAUUUCAUUCUUGUUACAAUUGAGUUUGAGGUUCUUAAGAGACAAUUUGUAGAUUCAAGAAGUGUGCUAGGGCACAAAUAAAUUAGAAAAGGGUAGCUGAAAGGGACAUGAGCACAAAGAUGAAGAAGGGGAUCCUGAGGCCCUUCCGCUACUUCUCUAACAUAAUGGAUACUAAGGAACAAGAGUUGCAAAUUGGAUUCCCUACGGAUGUGAAACAUGUGGCGCAUAUCGGAUGGGAUGGACCUAGUGCCCCAGCAAAGAAGGAGGAGGCAGGAGCACCUAGCUGGAUGAAAGACUACCACUCGGCGCCAUUGGACUCAGCCUCAUUUAGGAGCGACAGGGGAGGAGGUUCUGCUGCCGCUAACCCAUGGGCUUCUCAAGAAAUAGUCCUAGAUGGCGCAGGCCUGGGGGAUACCUCGUUCAGAGAUACUAAAGGUGAUGCAGGAGGCAUCGACGGCACCGCAGGCGACUCCCCUCCAUCCCCAGGCUCUCGCCAGUCAAGGCGGAAUCGGUCCCGGGGUUCUGACACCUCUUCCAUGGACGGCACAGCAGGCAGUGCUGAGACCUCGGAGAAGAAGGAAAAGGCCAAGAAGGGCACCCGUAAGAACCGCAAGAAGGACAAGGACAAGGACAAGGCGGCUGAGGACACUGCUGGUUCCACUUGCCAGGACCUCCCUGCGGUGCCCAAGAAGUCCAACCGCCGGAAAAACAAGGCAAGCUCUGAAGGAAGUGGUGGUGCAUCGACCAAGGACGGCGGAGCAGCGCCGGAGGAGGGCACAGCGCCGCUAUCUCAGGUGGCCGAAGAAGACAAGAAUCGCGAAUUGUAA